AUGAGAACAUUGCUUGCUCAUGAGAAAUUUGUGAAUCUAUUUGCAGACCAGCAUGAACAUCGUUUACCUGGUCAAAGAGUUGUCUCCUCAUUGGGUGAUGCUGCAUCUGAAGUUGCUCAUUACUUCACUUUGUCUGAGCUUGAAGAUGCAACAAGGAACUUUGAGAGGAAAGUCGGCUCAGGAGGCUUUGGAGUUGUGUAUUACGGGAAACUCAAGGAAGGGAAGGAAAUUGCCGUGAAAGUUCUCACAAAUAACUCCUUCCAGGGCAAACGAGAAUUUUCGAAUGAGGUGGCUCUUCUUUCGAGGAUACAUCACAGGAAUCUUGUACAGUUUCUUGGAUAUUGCCAAGAAGAAGGGAAAAGUAUACUUGUAUACGAGUUCAUGCAUAACGGGACUCUAAAGGAACAUCUCUAUGGGCCUAUAACACAUGAAAGAAGGAUCAGUUGGAUUAAGCGCCUUGAGAUUGCUGAAGAUGCUGCUAAAGGGAUUGAGUACCUUCAUACUGGGUGUACUCCAUCCAUCAUUCAUAGGGAUGUAAAGACCAGCAAUAUCCUCCUUGACAAGGACAUGCGAGCAAAGGUUUCGGAUUUUGGUCUCUCAAAACUUGCCGUAGAUGGAGCUUCCCACGUGUCAAGCAUUGUUCGAGGAACUGUUGGCUAUCUAGAUCCUGAGUAUUAUAUCUCCCAGCAGUUGACGGACAAGAGUGAUGUCUAUAGUUUCGGGGUCAUUCUACUGGAGCUAAUAUCUGGUCAAGAGGCAAUUUCAAAUGAAAGCUUUGGUAUGCACUGUCGCAAUAUAGUCCAAUGGGCGAAGUUACACAUCGAGAGUGGAGAUAUCCAAGGGAUCAUUGACCCCUCAUUGCAUAACGAAUAUGACAUCCAAUCAAUGUGGAAGAUAGCUGAGAAAGCUUUGAUGUGUGUCCAACCCCACGGGAGCAUGAGGCCCCCUAUUUCAGAAGUUAUUAAGGAGAUCCAAGAUGCAAUAUCGAUUGAAAGAGGUGCAGAAGCAAUCAGGGAAGGUAGCUCAGAUGAUAUAUCCAGGCAAUCUAUUCAUUCUUCCUUAAACUUGGGGGGUUCUCUGGACUUGGGUGCAAGUGAGCAUUACUUAUCAAUUGAUGAGUCCAUUGCACGGCCAACUGCUAGAUAGGAUUUGUCUACUCACAAGUCUCGCCCUAUUUCCCAUUUUUUCGGGAUAGCUCGAAUUUAUCCGGAGCGAUAGAAUAUUCUGAGUUUCUCCUCGGCUUCGUUUAGUAGUACUUAAUGGCAGUACAUAUGUGGGCUGUGUAGAUUAUGAGUUAGCUACUCAAUUUAUUCCAAAUAUUGGUCAUUGUAUUAGCAGAGCAAGAUUGGCGGACUGUACCCAGUGGAUUAUUGAAGUGUUUUUUCCUCCCCUUUUUUGGGGUGGAGAUGCUGACUCCGUAUCACUAUGACACUAUCGGGAAGGCCAGAAUGGACACCAAGUAGUGUGUCGCAUGCCAAAUGCUGCUGGCUCUGUGUAUUCUUGCCUGGUUAAACUGUGAUGAUUUAAAUGGUGAAACUGACCCUGAACCUGAAAAGUUGUAGUAGCA